AUGGCAGAGCACUUAAAGGUGAUGUCUGCUAUGAUAAGAGAACUUAAAGCAGCCGGUUGCGAGCUCACUGACGAACAACAGGUUCAAUCAGUUAUGAGGUCCUUACCAGAUUCAUCUUGGGAUCAAAUCAAGAUUGUGCUGACUCAUAAUGAAGAUUUGGACUUGGAUUUUAUUAACAAUAAUAAUAAUUCUGCUUUAUUAGUUUCUUCUGAUAUUGUGUCUGAUUCUAUCAAAUGGCAUGCGAGAUUGGGUCACAUUGGACAAGAAAAAAUGGCUCGACUAGCUAGAGAAUGCCUGUUGGGGUCACUCGCUAAGCUUAGCCUACCUCCUUGUGAAUCAUGUUUAGCAGGAAAAGCUUGCAGAAAGCCUUUUGGUAAAGCAUGUAGAGCAACUCAUCCAUUAGAGCUAGUUCAUUCAGACAUAUGCAGACCUAUGAAUGUGAGAGCACGUCAUGACACGUACUAUUUCCUCACUUUCAUUGAUGACUACUCCCGUUAUAGUUCGGUAUAUCUGUUGUCUCACCGUUCAGAAGCUUUAGAUUAUUUUAAACGCUUCUUAGUGGAGGUUGAGAACCAAACAGAAAGAACUCUAAAAGUUCUACGUACUGAUAGAGGACGAGAGUAUUUAUCAGACCAGUUCAUCGAACUAUGUGAGAAAAAGGGAAUACGCAGACAGUUAACUAUCCCUGGCUAUGUGAUGUAUGGCAAGCAUCCUGAUGGAGGAAUGACUGAGAUAGAGUCGCGCGAUGUAGAUUUUCUUGAGAAUGAUUUUCCAGACAUUGGUGAGAAUGAGGCACUGAGGCCACAUGAAGAAAUAGCCCAAAACAGUGGGAGUGGUCCUAUGGUCAGUGGGAGUGUGCCGAUUGACCAUGGCUUACAAAGUCCAUCAUUGCGAAGAAGUAGACGUGGAGGUGUUCCUCGUCGACAAUUUGAGAUCGAAGAGGAAUCGUUCAUGUGUGCUUCUACGGAUCUUGAUGAGCCGGCUUCUUAUGCUGAACUUUGA